CCCAAAAACACGGACUAUUGCCAGGCAUGGCGGUUUAUAAAUUUUUUCGUGUCGGUAUCAAAAAACCCGUCCAAUAUUCACGGGUAUUUAUUAACAACGAACCCGACUACCACUACCAAGCCGAACACGAACUAGCCCCGCAUUUUGAACUCGAUAAGGAAAAAAGAUUACGAGUAAAAAAAUCUGCCCGCCAAAAAGCCCAAACCCAAGAACCACCGCUUAAAAACUCUCACUCGCCGAUUGAUUUUAUAAAACUCUGCCUAGCUAAUGCGACCCGAGCCCAAGUCAAAGAAAAUCCCGCCUGA